AUGACUAGGAUAUUUUUCUUAACCUCAAAACAUUUCAGAUAUGGUGCUCCAGGUGUGGAGUUUACUGGUUUACACAAGGACACAGCUACUGUCAUGCAGAUGCACUUUUUACCUGGACAGGGCCAGCUUCUGUCCAUGCUGGAUGACAACACCCUGCACUUCUGGGAGAUUAAUCUGAAAGAUGAGUGUUCACACCUAGAAGAGAUUUGCAGCUAUACACUUCCAGGACGCCCGGGGUUUGAUGGGUCUAACAAUGUACCAUCUAGCACCACACGUAUUACAGUAAUACUACUUAAAUCAUCCUGUGAUCUUGCUUGUUUGGGGACUGAAGGAGGAGGAGUAUAUUUUUUGAAGCUUCCUGGCCUGACGCUAUCUGAAGAUAAAGUCCUUUUCCAGGAUGAGGUUAUGCAAAGUGUACCAGAUGACUACAGAAGUGGGAAAGCUUUGGGGCCUGUGGAGUCUCUUCAGGAACAUCCCCAGGAGUAUAGCAAGAUUCUCAUUGGCUACAGCAGGGGGCUGGUGGUGCUGUGGGACCAGCACUCGAGGCGGGUUGAUGGCUUAUUCCUGGGAAAUCAGGUCUCUAAAGUUGUUAAUGCAGUCAUCAGUUUUCAGAAUGCCAUUUUUGUACACUUUUGUCUUCCUCUGACACUGCAUAUGGGUUCAUCCUUCACUCUGAGUGAGCAUAUAUGGAGGUUUAAUCGGUCUUGCAGUCAGUUUGAAACUCUAUUGGAUACUGUUACUCAGUUAAAGCCGUCAUAUUCGUACAAUAAUGCUGCAUUACUGCAACCAUUCUUUUAUUUAUUUUUUUGUUGUGACUCUAGGAGCCAUUUAAUCAUCUUUAGUGGAGGAAUGCCACGAGCGAGUUAUGGAGACAGGCAUUGUGUCACUGUCUUGCAAGGGAAGAACCAGGUGACGAUGGAUUUCACAUCACGAGUGAUUGACUUCUUCACUGUGCAUAACACAGAGCCAGAACAGUUGUUCGACAACCCAAGUGCAUUGGUGGUUUUGGUGGAGGAGGAGCUGGUUGUAAUAGAUUUACAGACACCCGGGUGGCCGACUGUGCAUGCACCUUACCUUGCACCUCUCCACUCAUCUGCCAUUACAUGUUCCUAUCAUAUCUCCAAUGUUCCUGACAAGCUCUGGGAGAAGCUGAUUAGCGUGGGCGAGCAGCAGAAUCCCCAUCAGUCUACACUGGAAUGGCCAAUAAAUGGUGGUAAAAGUUUGGCAACAGAACCUACCCAGAAAAGUGUACUGUUAACUGGGCAUGAGGAUGGUACAGUGCGGUUUUGGGAUGCAUCAGGUGUUACAUUGCGGCCGAUCUACAGGUUGAACACAUCCAGUAUCUUCCAUUUGGAAUGUGACCACAAUGACAGCUUAACGCAAGCCAGUGAGGAAGAAUGGCCUCCAUUUCGCAAGGUUGGCUGUUUUGAUCCGUACAGUGAUGACCCGAGGCUUGGAAUACAGAAGAUAUCACUUUGUAAAUACACUGGGAAAAUGGUUGUAGCAGGCACUGCUGGACAGGUACUUGUUAUGGAAAUUAAUGAAGAUAAAUCGAAUCAUAUGCUUACAGUUGCUACUGUAGACUUGCUUCAGGACAGGGAAGGUUUCACUUGGAAAGGGCAUGAUCGGCUUACUCCCAAGAAUGGACCUGUCUGCUUCCUUGCUGGCUUCCAGCCGAGCUUGUUGAUACAGUGUACACCUCCUGCUGCUGUAACUUCAGUCGCACUUCACACAGAAUGGAAUCUGGUUGCAUUCGGCACCAGCCAUGGUUUUGGACUUUUUGAUUAUUACAGACGUAGUCCUGUACUAGCCAGAGGCUUUUACUUGAUCUCACCAUCUGAAUUUGAACGCUUCUCAUUGUCUGCCAGGAACUUUACAGAACCUCUCUGUAUAGUGGAAUGUGAUCGAGUUUUGCGUGGUAUUCCUUUCAGUAACAGCAUCACUGGAUCCCCAAAACUGAAUCAGGUCAAUGGGACUUACAAAUUGAAGAGUCCUGAAGGUAACUGUUUAAUAGCAGAUGGACAAGGAGUAAUUGAUGAAUUUCAAGCCUCAUUUUCCCCUGUGGGGCUUGACUCUCCCAACAGCAGUGGUGAUAUCAUGCUAGAUGCUUCUGGUGACAUAACAGUGGAAGAUGUUAAGGAUUACUUAGUAUCCUCUCAAGAAGCUGAGAAAAACCUGAAGAAUAUGUCUGAUGAUGAAGCAAGGUCUCCAGGGAUCCUCAUUAAAUGAGAGAACAAACAGCAAAUGUAUUAUCGAAAUGACACCCAGUUGAAAUAAAGUAAGAAGCAAUUGAUGUAGUACUUUCUGUACUCCAAGAUGAAGGAAGUAAUUGCUAAACUGUGACGACAGGUGGCCACUACCAAACUGCUGAAUGACUCUUGGACUUACCUUCCUUGAUUGUGCCAAAAGAUGGAGCAUGUUGCCUACUGGACUUCUAUACCCACCAGCUACAGUCUGCCAGCAUAUUUUCACGGUGUGUGAACUGACAUUGCUACACAAUACUAAAACCAUAACUCUAUUUAGAUCAUGACUUUGGUAUGAACUGAAGAUCAUUUUUUAUGGUAUUAAACUUUCUAGCUCUUUUGAAGGACAGUAUAUGAGACAGAUACGCAGGUUUCACUCAUUUCAUGGAAAAACGACAGGAGAUGAAUCGUAUUUGCCACUUUUGGUCCAGUAACCUGUGAAAAAGGAAGCUGCUUAAAUUUAAUACGGUUUUAAAUGAAUGUAGACUGGAAAUGAAGGUAGCUUGACUCUUAGUUUGUAGUGUGUUUCACAUAAUCGUUUUAUUUCAAAAUGUUCUUCAGUUCUAUUUCAUGUAGCUUUUGGCUUUUAUUGCCUGUGUUAUCAGGUGAUGUAAUCUCAAGAAGACGAGGUAUCACUAAAAGUAGCCAAGUACAAGGGUAGGUUUCAGCCACUCGAGCAGUUCAGAUUCGGUGUGGUCUUGAAUACCAUGGAGAACAAUGCACUUUUCUAAACUAUUCCUGUUCUGAGUCAGAGUAUUGAUAGAAUGAUUGUCUUUGUUAGACAUCAGACACUGGUGAAAGGUUUUUAGUAGGAAUCCAUUGCCUUUGAUUAGAAGUGCAAAUGGUUUGUUCCUCAAAAGUAGCAUCUUAAUUUCCAUUACUAACAGACUGAAUUCUUAUUAGUGCUUCACUUUGUUUACUGUCUUGUAAAUGUGUUUUAGCUUAACUGUAGUUUAUGCUAAAAAAAUCUUUAUAACUAAUCUCUUCUACCUGUGAAAUAUUCAAAGUCUGUUGUGGGUACUGUUAACAGUAUUACCUGGCAGUGCCUGUCUUUUUCCUGGGAGCUUUGGAUUGAUUUUGAAGGGGUGAGAUGUAGAAGUGACGAAGGGUGUAGGGGAAAGGUACUUUUUUAUGAGGUGUAGCUUGUUUGCAUUCGCUGCCAAGUGCCAUUUGAAAGGCACUUUGAUAUAAACUACAAAGACAGACACUGGCCUGUGUUCUUAGGUCAGAGGAAAGGACUAGAUGUUGGUACUGUAGCAAGUGGAGGAAUGGAACUGAGAGGUUUCUUGAGUUCUGCAUGACUCCUGCAGGUUUGUAUGUGGUAAAUUUCCUGUGGAUGUUUGCAUAAUGAAUGAAUCAUGUGAUUUUGUUAGGAUAUGAAACAAAACUGACUUUGCAUUAAGUAUUGUCGAAAAUGUACUAAGACUGAUCAUUCUUUAUUGAUAUAACAAUUUUUAUCACAGUAAUAAGGAAGUUAUUGACUAACAGAGGCAUGCAAAGGCCAUGACAUUUCUGAAUUCAGACACAUGCUUUAAAGUGUUGGGAUUCUUUAGCUGAUGAAGAUGCAUGGUAAGUAGCAGUGUCCUGUCUGAAAGUAACAAGGAAGAGAGUAAUGACCCAGUCACAGUAGAAAGCGUGGAUGGCUGAGUUUGGGUACUGGUAUGGUCCAUGUGCACUCUGUCAUCAGCACUCCAGUCUGGACACCAGCUAGACAGCUAGGGCUGUUGCUUUCCAUAAAAUUUAGCUCAGAAAAGUAAGUACCUUUAAGUGACUGUAUUACACCGGCCUUGCUGUUUAUUGCCAUCACUGAAGUCCCCAGUUCUUUUCCAUGUGGUCAUACUGGUGUGUUCACGAUCAAGCUUUUUUUUUUUUUUGGAAACACUGUCUGCAGAUUGUGUGGAGAGAAAAGAAUGUCUUGUAUCAAGAUUUUAUUUUAGCAGAGGUCAUUUUAAAUGAAUUGAAUCAGAUAUGGAUACCCCCCACACUUGAUUCUUUGUAAGUAGUUUGAUGAAAUGCAUUGCUGAUAUUUGCAUCAUUUAGUUUCGUGGGCAGUUGCCCAUCCACUAUUUUUUUGAACAUAUGGAGGGGCUUUGAUUCUCACAAAGUAUUUUUAAAAGCACAGACUGAAUUUGCUUUUUUUACACCAACACCACCCCUUUUUUGUAGGGAUCUUAUUAGCAAAUGUCUGCUCCAUUUAAGCGCCCAUCAACCGUAUCUGUUUUUUUGUGGGCGUUUUCAAUUGGGUAAUAUGUUCCCAAUCACAUAUUUUGUUAAAGUAGUGUGAACCUAUUUUGCAUAUGGAUUGACCAGGUGCUUGCACACUAAACUCCUCUUUGUAUCACUUAUGAAAUUUUCCAAGCUAAAUGGAAUUGGUGUCUUUUUUUUUAUCCCUAAGAAGGUUAUCCUAUUUUAUAAAUAUGAAUACAUUAGACUAUUAUGUACUGAAUGUAUUGCAGUGUUGUCUGUCAUCAUCUAGGUUACUGUUUUUGUUAUAAAUCAUUUUCAAUGAACAGGUAUGCUGUCUCCUAGUACCAAUGGCAUGCAACACAUUUGUCUUCAUAAAAAAUCUAUGUACAUUUUACGUUUUCCUUCAAGUGUUCAGCAUUGUGCCGUGGAGACAACUAGUCUUCCUGGCUGCUUGUUAGGUCAAUUUUUUUUUCCCUUUUUCUGAACAUUGCACAAUGCACUUGGGCAAACUUUUAUCGAGUAUGUAUAUUUGACAGUGGUGUGCCCUUUCUUGCAAAGAAUUAGAAGGUUCCCAUUAUAUAUGCCCCUUGGGUGUCUUGGAUCAGUAAAGGCACCUACUUCCUCUGAAAGUAGGAGCUUUGCAUCAAACUGCAUACUCUGCUGUCCACUGGCUCCUAGUAUGUAUGUUGUAACAUACAUAUGUUUUUUUUGCUGGAUUAUGUACUCUGUUUAUCACUGCCUUUGAUGACUGGCCCUUUAUAUGUGGUUAGUAACAACAGUCAGAAGCUAAGGUGACCCCUUCCUGUUUCUUAAAGACCUUACAGGGUUCCAGUCCUGAGGAUAGCCUAGUAUGAUGCAAGUCCUGUGAAAAGGAAGGGCCUUCAUAAUCUGCUGGUGUGCAGUGCAAGAAAUUUUUGUAGCACAGGUGAAUUGCAUUUUUCUUCUAUCUCUGCUGUUGAAAUCAGAAAAUAUCCUUUCAGAUGGCUUUGAUGGUUGCUACUUGUUAUAACUCAUUCUGACAUAAAUAUGUGGAGCAAAUACAUUUAUUGCUUGACAAGGAGGGACAAGCAGAUUAGUACCUUGUCUCUACUAGAACGUUUUGGAUAAUUUGAUCCUGUAGUGCAUAACCAUUUGAACAAGAAAAUAGAGGCUUCACUGGUCUAACUCACUAUACAAAGUAGUGUUUUUCAUUGAAACCUUAAGGUACUUUGACACUAGAGCUAAACCUAAGCAAAACAAAUGUAGUCGUUUUUAUAAUGUACAUUUUUUAUGUUUAACAAAAAAAAUCCAAACUUAUUUUUGCUGUAAUUUCUAGCUACCUAUGGUGUACUGUAAGAACAUAUGUUUAAAGAGCCACUCAAUUUGUCUUUUUGUUGUGUUUUUGUUUGUAUAGAAUGUAUCAUUUUUGGUAAUUUUUGAUAAGUUAGCUAUAACUUUUUUAAAUGUUAAUAAUAAAGCCUUUAUUACAUCUA